AUGGCAACCACUGCCCCAGCCGAAGCGAUGGCACAGAACGAGAAGGUUCUCUCUGACGCCCUCGCAGCCGCGUCCCUCUCAGACAAGGAUGUCGAGACCAAGCCCGAACUUGAGGAGGGCGAGAUCGAGGAGGAAGAGGACGACGGGAACCCCAAGACGGUCUUUGACAGCGCGGCCCGCUUCAACCUCAAGCACCCGCUGUACGCAAAGUGGACGAUGUACUUUGACUCUCUUGCGUCCAAGGCGACAACCAAGACGGAGCAGACGAGCAUUCCCAACGCGAGCGCCCACGGCGGGUGGCUGGAUGACAUUCGGCGCGUGAUGGAGUUUGACAGCGUCGAGGAGUUCUGGGGCCUCUACAACAACAUUGUCCCUCCUAGUCAAUUGCCCGGCAAGGCCAACUACUACCUGUUCAAGGACGGGAUUAUCCCGGCCUGGGAGGACGCGCAGAACAAAAACGGUGGCAAGUGGGCGAUCCAGGUGCCCCGCGACAAGAGCAAGGCCCAGAUUGACCAGAUGUGGCUGUACACUAUGCUCGCAGCCAUCGGCGAGACGUUCGAGUCUGGUGUCGACGGCAGUGCGCCCGAGCGCUCCGACCUCGUCACCGGUGUCAUCAUGUCCUGCCGUCCCGGCUUCUACCGCAUUGCCCUCUGGACGCGCGACGCGCCUGACGUCUCCCUCCCCGAGACCGACGAGCUCAUGAAGCGCAUCCUCACGAUCGGGCGCUACUUCAAGGUCUCGGUGCUCGGCUACGCCGAGGACCAGAAGCUCAUGACUGGCGGCUUCCAGACUGAAAUCCUGUUCGAGUCACACAAGGACUCGGAGAGGAAGGGCAACAAGAACAAGCUGACCAUCUAA